AAACAAAAUGUCCGGAGAUGUGAAUGAUUAACAUUUACACCUCCAUUUUCUUCUACUUCGAAUUUUCCUCCAAUUUUUAGCGGAAUUUUCGUAAUACUUCAGUCACCGGAGAACGCACAUAUAAUCGCCGUUGGUUGCCGGAGAUCGUACUUUUGUCAACGAGCUAUAAUCAGAAAUUAAGCUAGGAACGUUUUCGUGCAUAAUUGUUGCGUGUUUCAAUUGGAUAAUUUCUUUAGGUUUUGGAGAUACCUAAUUAGUGAUGAAUCCGAGAGCAAGAUUUCAACCGCCGGGAAUGGGCAGCGGGAGUAUGCAUCCAAAUACUAACUCUAAUUUUCAACCUAGAAACCCUCAACAGUAUAUACAGAGAGGUCCUGCGCCCUAUCAGCACCAACAGCAGCAGCAGCAUUUUCAGAACCAGCAAACACAGCAGUGGCUCAGAAGGAAUCAGUCGCCAUCUGCUGAUUCUACGGUUGACGAGGUUGAAAAGACUGUACAGGCCGAAGCCGUUGACCAGAGUUCACAAGAUUGGAAGGCUAAGUUGAAGAUACCAUCACCUGAUACUCGAUACAGAACGGAGGAUGUGACAGCAACCAAGGGAAAUGAGUUUGAAGACUACUUUCUUAAGCGUGAACUGCUUAUGGGAAUUUAUGAAAAGGGCUUUGAGAGACCAUCUCCGAUCCAAGAGGAAAGCAUUCCAAUUGCUCUAACUGGAAGUGACAUUUUGGCUAGGGCCAAAAAUGGAACUGGGAAGACUGCUGCCUUCUGCAUUCCUGCUUUAGAGAAAAUUGAUCAAGACAAGAAUGCAAUUCAAGCUGUUAUUCUUGUCCCAACUCGAGAAUUGGCCCUCCAAACAUCUCAAGUUUGUAAAGAACUGGGGAAGCACUUAAAAAUUCAAGUCAUGGUUACCACUGGGGGGACUAGCUUAAAGGAUGACAUUAUGAGACUGUAUCAGCCAGUUCAUUUACUUGUCGGAACUCCUGGAAGAAUUCUUGACCUUGCAAAAAAGGGAGUGUGCAUUUUGAAGGAUUGCUCCAUGCUUAUAAUGGAUGAGGCUGAUAAGCUUCUCUCACCAGAAUUCCAACCUUCCAUUGUACAGCUGAUCCGUUUCAUACCUGCAAAUCGCCAGAUCUUGAUGUUUUCUGCUACAUUCCCUGUUACUGUCAAGGACUUUAAAGAUAGAUAUUUGAACAAACCAUAUGUUAUCAACCUCAUGGAUGAACUUACACUCAAGGGUAUAACACAAUUUUAUGCUUUUGUUGAAGAAAGACAGAAGAUUCACUGCCUUAACACUCUCUUCUCAAAGCUUCAAAUUAACCAAUCAAUUAUUUUUUGCAACUCUGUAAAUAGAGUGGAACUUCUUGCGAAGAAGAUAACUGAGCUGGGCUAUUCAUGCUUCUACAUUCAUGCCAAGAUGCUUCAAGAUCAUAGGAACAGGGUGUUUCAUGACUUCCGCAAUGGUGCCUGCAGGAACCUUGUUUGUACUGAUUUGUUUACUAGAGGAAUAGAUAUUCAAGCAGUCAAUGUUGUUAUCAAUUUUGAUUUCCCUAAGAACUCAGAAACGUAUUUGCACAGGGUUGGACGGUCAGGGAGAUUCGGACACCUUGGUUUAGCUGUUAACCUGAUUACUUUUGAGGAUCGCUUCAAUCUGUACAGAAUUGAACAAGAACUAGGAACAGAGAUCAAGCAAAUUCCUCCACAGAUAGAUCAAGCUAUAUAUUGCCAGUGAGCAGUUAGUUAGAGAAACAAGAUAGUGGACAUGGUGGAUAUGAUGAUGGUGGAGGUGGUGAUGGAGGUUGUUGAGAUAGUGGCUAUGAUGAUGGUGGAGAUGGGCAGGAGGUGGAAGAAAAGCUUUAAAAAAAAUUAUGUCCUUUUCUUAUUUUAAUCUUGUAUUGCCAAGUUUUGUUAAUCACACUCUCAAAAGAGUGUAUGAUAUCUACAUUUAUGCCAAGCAGUGUGUCUAAUGGGUACAUUUUUGUGGACGUUGGUGUGUCAAUUUUAGAGGUGCUAUUUAGCUCUCUCUUUUUA